AUGACCAUUUCCGACAUCAUUCUGUGUUUUCUUUUUUCGGUCUGCUAUGCCAAACCAAUUACUCAGCAAAAUAUGAAUUCUCUUGAGCGCCUUGAGCAAUUCGGCGAAAACUUUUCUUAUGAAGAGUGGGCUUGGUUCUCCAUCAAUUGCAUCCUGCUCGAAUAUGCUGGCAUUCAAUCUCGUUCGAACGAAUCCGAGUUGGAUGAAGUGGAAGAAGCAUGUAUGACGGCACUGUACCGGACGGUAGUGGCAAUGGAGCCAGCAGUUCUAUUCGACCCAAACGAAGUCGAAUGGAACCUGAAUACAUUCUUCAUGCUGGAGACCGAAAUUCGAGACAUGAACGAAGACGAGCAGAAUCACAAAAGGGCGGAGAUCCUUAUAGAAACCAUGAAGAAGUUCCGCGAAUCGAGAGAAGACGAUGAAGGAUUCGAAUCAGAAGAGGAAAUGGACGAAGAUGAAUUUCAAGAUGGGGAAAUGGUCCGCUGGGAAAGCGACGACGAGGAGGAUGAAUAG